AUUGACGCGUCUGCUUUGUCAGGCGCGUGACUUUCUUCGUGCAAUUAUGGUGACAAAAUGACGAGCCCUCCUUUCUGCACAUGCAACCAUGACCAACUGCUUUUUUUCUGGUCCUUGAUGUCCUGUAUAAAAGCCCUGUAACGGUGCAAUACUUCGUUACAACACGAAUAUUCUACAUCUCAAGAUGGCCACGAACAUCACUUUCCACCCUGGCUCUGUCUCUGCUGAAGAGCGAACGAGUCUCCUCACACAGAAGGGCGCGACCAUUUGGCUGACGGGUUUGAGUGCUAGUGGAAAGUCGACCAUCGCGUGUGCAUUAGAGCAACACCUUCUUCAUCUACACAAGUUCACGUACCGCCUCGAUGGUGAUAACGUUCGAUUCGGGUUGAACAAAGAUCUGGGAUUUGACGAGAAGUCGAGGAACGAGAAUAUUCGCCGUACGAGCGAAGUGUCCAAGUUGUUUGCAGAUUCUUCAUGCAUUGCUAUUACGGCCUUCAUCUCGCCGUACCGCGCCGACCGAGUGUUUGCUCGAGAAAUACACGAGCAGGCAUCGUUACCGUUUAUUGAGGUAUUCGUCGAUGCACCCCUUCAUGUUGUCGAGCAGCGUGAUCCCAAAGGACUAUACAAGAAAGCUCGCGCCGGGGAGAUCAAGGACUUUACCGGGAUUUCUGCACCGUAUGAAGCUCCGGAGAAACCAGAAAUUCACAUUGACACGUCCACAACGGAUGUCGCGGAGAGUGUCCGAAUUAUUACCGACUAUUUGAAGGGCAAAGGGUAUAUAUCCGAAUAGAUAGAUGUUAGAUAUAACAUGUACAAGUAGAAGUUUGUACUCAUAAGUAAGUAGCACUCGCGAUUUUCGAGAGCUUUCGGAUUUAGUCGGCUUUCGCCACGAUCACGUGACGUUCAUUUAGACUUCGAGGAAUU